AUGACCAAUGGUGGCUGGACGGUUAUACCACACCAACAAGAUGGAUCCGUAGAUUUCUAUAGGAAUUGGGAAGAAUACAAAUAUGGAUUCGGUAAAAGAAGCGGCGAAUAUUGGCUUGGGUUAGACAAUAUUUACUUUUUGACUAGUGACAGUGGUUCACUUCACAUAUAUCUUGAGGCAUUUGAGAAUGACAAUGUUGAUCUAGUGUCUGCUUUUGCUGAAUAUUCGACGUUCAGCACUAGUGACGAAAAUGAUAAAUACAGAUUAAGGGUUGCAGGGUACAACGGCUCUUGUGGUGACUCAAUGUCCUUUCAUAACGAUUGCAAGUUUUCAACCAAAGACAGUGAUAAUGACAACCAUGUCACACUAAAUUGUGCAGUGGAAUUUAGUGGAGCUUGGUGGCACAAAGCAUGCCACCGCGCAAAUCUAAAUGGAUUAUACCUGGAGGGGGGAAAUACCGAUUAUGCUCGAGGAAUUAAUUGGUACGCUGGGGUUAUAAUUACUCUCUGA